AUGUCAACGCCAAGUCGCCGACGUAAUCACUCUCUGGCUUCUUGUGAGCCAUGUCGGAAAUCCAAGACUCGGUGUGAUCACAGAAAGCCCAUCUGUGCCUCAUGUCAACGCCGUGGUCUCCAAUGCUGGUAUCACCCUGCGCCUAUGACCAAACAACGUAAUUCCCAAAGACCGACUAUCUCAACUCCACCCGGCUCAAACCGUGUGGUACAAAAUGAAGUUUCGAGCAGCGCCAAUAGUCCCUCGACCGGAACUCCAAUGUUCCACAUAUGGCCGUUCCUGUCAGCCGACCCCAACGAUUCGGCAUCCCGGGUUCUGAUCACCGGGGGUCACAAUUACAAUAUCAAGGCACACGAUGAGCACUUGACAACCAUUGAAGACAUUGUCUCCCAAUUGAAAUUAUUGCCAGUUAUUAAAAAAGAAUCCACGAUUGCACUUGUUCCUAAGCCGCUUGUAUUGCAGCUGAUCACUUCCAUUCGAAUUGGUCUCGCAGACUCAGGCUAUAUAAUGGAAGAGACACCCCACCAGAUUUCCGUUAAUCAUGGUUCGCAACUAGCAGACGAUAUUUUACGCUCAUCCUCAUCGGAAGUUGUCACCACGCCAGACUUAGACUUGGGGGCCUUCUGUGCGUUAUUCACCGGAGCGAAUUUGCGUAUAGAGACUCUUGGUCUAUUGUAUACUAUGGCAGCACGCUCGUCUCUCUAUACUGAAGGUCACGGACACGACAGAUACCAAGAUGAUGGGUUCACUAGGUAA